UAAAGCAGCAGCAGCGGCGGCGAGGGCGGCUCGGCAGCAGCGGGGCGCACACCGCGGCCAGAUCCGGGGCUCGCUGGGAGCGCGCGGGCCGGAGCCGGGCUACCUCGCUCGCUGCCAUGCAUUAAAUGAAGCGGCCGCUGGGCUCCUGCGGGGUGAGUUAGCGCCGCCGGAGCGCUCCGGCCACGGGAGGCAGCGGCAGCGGGAGCAGGAGCAGCAGCAGCUGCGGCGGCCGCCGCAAGGCACAGACUGAGCAGCAGCCGCGGCCGCCCCCGGAGCGCCGCGGCCCAGCCCCAGCGGCCCCCUCCGGGAGCCGGCCUCGGCCAAGUCCAGCCCCGGAGCGGGGAGAGCAGCCGGGCCAGUCCCGGCCCGGAGGAUCCGCCCUCCAGCCAUGGCGACCAAGGCUCGGGUUAUGUAUAAUUUUGAUGCUGAACCUGGAAAUAAUGAAUUGACAGUUAUUGAAGGGGAGAUCAUUACAAUUACAAAUCCGGAUGUAGGUGGAGGAUGGCUAGAAGGAAAAAAUAACAAAGGAGAACGGGGGCUUGUUCCCACAGACUACGUCGAAAUUUUGACUAAUGGUGGGAAAGAUCAGUUUUCUUGUGGAAAUUCAGUAGCUGACCAAGCCUUCCUGGAUUCUCUCUCAAGUGCAGUUCAAGCCAACCCCUCAGCGGUCAACAGUAAUAACCAGGUGAACAGUGCUAACGACCCUUGGUCAAACUGGAAUGCUGGCAAAUCUGGGAACUGGGACAGUACAGACGGCUGGGGAACCAAACCAGAAGGUGCCUCUGCUCAGAAAAACACUUCCAACAACUGGGAUGCCGCCUUUGGUCAUCCACAGGCCUACCAUGGACCAGCUGCUGCCGGGGAUGACGAUGAGUGGGAUGAAGACUGGGAUGACUCCAAGUCAUCGCCUCCUACUUAUUUUAAGGAUGUAGAGUCUACUGAGGCCGGAGGGGCCCAACGGGGCAAUUCUCGUGCUGGUGGUGCUUCUAUGAAGAUUCCACUUAACAAAUUUCCUGGAUUUGCAAAACCUGGAAUGGAACAAUACUUAUUGGCAAAGCAGCUAGCAAAACCCAAAGAGAAAAUUUCCAUCAUUGUUGGAGAUUAUGGCCCAAUGUGGGUUUACCCCACCUCUACCUUUGACUGUGUUGUAGCAGAUCCCAGGAAAGGCUCCAAGAUGUAUGGUUUGAAGAGUUACAUCGAGUAUCAAUUGACAGCCACGAACACUAAUCGAUCUGUCAACCACAGGUAUAAGCACUUUGACUGGCUCUAUGAGCGUCUUCUGGUUAAGUUUGGGUCAGCCAUUCCAAUUCCUUCCCUCCCAGACAAGCAAGUUACAGGUCGCUUUGAAGAAGAAUUUAUAAAGAUGCGAAUGGAAAGACUUCAGGCAUGGAUGACCAGAAUGUGUCGUCAUCCUGUCAUCUCAGAAAGUGAAGUUUUCCAGCAGUUCUUGAAUUUCCGGGAUGAAAAGGAAUGGAAAACCGGGAAGAGGAAGGCUGAAAAAGACGAGCUGGUGGGUGUUAUGAUAUUUUCAACCAUGGAGCCAGAAGCCCCAGACCUGGACUUGAUAGAAAUAGAACAGAAAUGCGAGGCUGUUGGCAAGUUCACCAAGGCCAUGGACGAUGGUGUGAAGGAGCUGCUGACGGUGGGACAGGAACAUUGGAAGCGGUGUACAGGACCAUUGCCCAAGGAAUAUCAGAAGAUAGGAAAAGCCUUGCAGUGUUUAGCAACUGUAUUCAGUUCUAGUGGCUACCAAGGUGAAACAGACCUCAAUGAUGCAAUAACAGAAGCAGGAAAAACUUAUGAAGAAAUUGCGAAUCUUGUGGCAGAGCAGCCAAAGAAAGAUCUCCACUUCCUGAUGGAAUGUAAUCAUGAAUACAAAGGAUUCCUUGGCUGUUUCCCUGACAUCAUUGGUGCUCACAAGGGAGCAAUAGAAAAGGUGAAAGAAAGUGAUAAAUUGGUUGCAACCAGUAAAAUCACCCCCCAGGACAAACAAAACAUGGUGAAGCGUGUAGGUGUGAUGUCUUAUGCCCUGCAAGCGGAGAUGAAUCACUUUCACAGUAACCGGAUAUAUGACUAUAAUAGUGUCAUCCGCCUGUAUCUGGAGCAGCAGGUACAGUUUUAUGAAACGAUCGCAGAAAAGCUGAGGCAGGCCCUUAGCCGCUUUCCAGUGAUGCAGUGAUGUAGGCCAAAGCAAAGAAGGGACAUGAAGAAUACUCCGAAGUGCUUCUUUCUGACUUGGGGCAAUGCAAUUUAAAGUUUGUUUUCUGUUCUUUUUCUUCUUUCACCAUCCCCUGAAAAAUCCCAAAAAUAACUGAGUUGAAGAAAAAAACCGAACCCACAAAAUUAAGAUGUUUACUUUAUUAACUAGCCUGAAUGCAUCAUUUAUUGAAGGGUGUCCCUUUUUUCAAAGUUCAUUUUUCAUAUCCAUUAUUUAAAAAACAAAAAUUUGUCUAUUUUUUGGAAAGGACUUCAGAUUGCUGGGAUUUGUUAAUGAAAAGUUAAGAGUUUUUCCCAUUGAUUUUUAUAUAGAUUCCUAAUCUCUAAGUCACAUAAAAUCUUCUAGUUCUUACCCAAUGUCGGAUAAUUACUAAUUUCUUUAAAAACAUGAAAUAUGCCAGAAUAAAAAUAUAUAUAUGUUUGUAUAUUUUUAUAAUUCUACAGUCUUUGGGGGAUUCCUAUCUACUAUUUAGCAAAAUCUACAUACAUUUCAUUUACACAUUUGAAACACAACUGCUUACAUUGAGGGGGAAGGUUCCAGGAGGGGGGUGAAAGGGGAGCCCCUGCGAUUUUUAGGUCUCUGUCAUGUUCUAAAGGUGUUUCACCAUUUACCUCUUUAAAAGGAUUCAAACCUCACAAAAUGCACACUUAGGUUCCUUUCCCUGCUCCUAUUUCUUCACUUACCCACUGUCUUAAAAGUAAUUUCUGCUACACUGCCCUGGUGGCCCACGAGGAUUUGUGUUUCUCUUGGUUACCCCUCAUUUCUCCUUUCAAAUUGGAGUCAGAGGGGGAAUCACCAGCAGAAACCAUUGGUCAGGAGCAUCAUUAACAUCCUUCACUCGUGAUUCCCUCCCCUCCACUGAUGAGGCAGUAGAUAUCGUAGGCAUGAAAAGGGCACUUUGUGGGGAAAGGAGCAAGUUGAACACUCCCCACAGAUGUUUCCACCCUUUAUUCCUUUUGUUGUUCAACCCUCCCCCAGAUAUUACAGAAUGCUGGUGAGGGCGUAACCCCUACCAGGUACCGAAUCUUUAUGUUGUAGCAUCGUGCCUCCAUUGGUUACUCUUUUCAUCUGGGAAGGUGAGGGAAGAAAUGGAAAAGCACAGUUCCGUCACUUAACAGCAGAAGACGGAAAUGACCCUCCACUCUCCCACCUCCCUCCCACACCCAUUCCCCUGCCAAGGCAUUGGAAAAGCAUGGAGACUGUCUUUCAGGUGAUGGAUACAAUGUGAAGCCUGAGGAGUGGACAGUAAUUCUCAGGGCCUUUGUGUUCAAGAGGAGGUGCGAGGACACCGUUUUCCCACUGGUUGUAUCUUGUGCACAGCCUUACUUCAGACAGAAUUGCUCCAGCUGCCUAUAUUUCGCUUACUGCCAAAUAUAGCUUCGACAAGUCAAGUGACUUAACACCCUGAGGCUGACACAUCAGAAAAUCAUAUAACUACAGAGGGGCAGGGGAUAUUUUCUUAGCUCUGGGGGCUCUCUCACUCCACUGUCGUACAUUACUUUCAUUUUUCUGUAUUAAUGGUUAGAGAAAAGGAAAAAUAGAGGCCAGCAUAAAAGAAAACCAAAAAUAAAUCAAUAAAAUGAGGGUGAGUAUGUGAGAACAUCUUACGCUUCAGUGUCAGGGGUUUUUGUUAAUAUUUUAUAAAUAAUUACCUCCCCCCAAGUUUUUUCCUUUUAUAAAAUUCCAUAGAGCCAUGUUUAUGAUACAGCCAUUUAAUAUAUGUACAAAUUGUAAAGAAUGUGUAUAAAUAUUUUACACCAAAUGCAUGUAGAAGCAACUUAAAAAAUAAAUUGUUAAAAACUGUA